CUUGAAACAUGAAUCAUUCGAACCUAACCCCACUUGUCAUAGUCAGUGUUUGUAAACAUCCGAGCAACAAUGAACUCGAUCCCGCUUGGAAUUACGAUUGAAAAAACGAAAUAUGAGUGUGCUCAGCUGCCGAAGCGGAUCAGCAAGGAGGAAAUGUUGCGAAAAUCCGGUUUGCAGGUGAAUAAAGUCGACGUCUAUUACGGCAACAGGACUAUGAGGAGCGACGCCUCCCUGGUGCCCCCCAUUCGACAAACGGCGUCAAUUUUCAAGCAGCCGGUCACCGUGUACAAGACGCAAGAAGGACAAGCUAGAGCAGAUUGCAAGCAUGGCACUCAGGAGAAACCCAAGCAACUGUUCUGGGAAAAGCGACUAGAGGGGCUCAGAGCCUGCGACGUGGACGGCGUGGAAUUCGAGGCAAUGCAGCUGCCAAAGGGGCUCAAGCCCGUGGGGCCCAAUGUGACCGAGGAGACAAUCAUACAAAGCGUCGCCACCGCGUUGCAUGUUUCGACCAAUUCUGUCACAGGCCAAACGGGACCCAAGGUGUCGCUGGAGAAGAACCCGGGGGUCUUUCUGGACCCCAAGCAGCCCCUGGUGCAGGCGGUUAAUGUAUCAGAAGAAGACAUCAAGAGGCAGGAGGAUCGAGUGGCUUUGGUGCGCAAAAAGCUACAAGAGGCGCUUAAGGAGUAAUCUCCACACAGGAGGAACGAGGAGAGAAAUUUAGGCUUAAGAAAAACGAAGAGAAUGAGGAAUUUCAAUUUGUCUUUCUGUUUUAGUUUUAUUGACUGUUGUCUGUUAGUUGAUUCAUUGAAUAUUGCCAUGUCGUACCACUAUAAA